AACCAUAACCUCCAGUACACUAGGUGGCGAUGUGCAACUUUCACAUACCAAUCGUUACCAAGCGACGAAAUAUACACACGACAUGUGAAAUAAAACGCUGGUUUUAAAGUUACAGAAAAGAUUUACCGCGAUGUCCUUAAAUGAUAUGCUAGAAUGGAGACUUCUAUCAAACAGUGAGAUGUGAGGAUAGUGCGGUACUUUGCUCCGAAGCCUGGAUACAAGAACCUUCUGUGCAUUUGACCUCCGCAAUGAAGUAUGUUCUGGGUCUUUUCACACAUCAUUUUCGACAGCAUGGUGGAUGCAAACAGGACUGUUUGAUUUUAUUAUAAUCUGAUUUUUCCGUUUCAACAUAAACUAUUUAUAAACAUGAAUCUAAGCAUAACUGUCAAGUGUUGCGGUAGAGUUCGUCUGUUCGGAAUACGGCGGCUCUAUUGCAUUCUAGAGGACUGUCAAACGAUAUUCACACAUCUGAUCAAAGGCAGUCAGUUCGUCGGCAUGGGGAGGGGACUGUUGAAAUAUGGAAAUGUGAAAGAGAUGUUUUCUGUAGCGCAAAAGGUGCUUGGCUAUGAUCUGCUAUCUCUGUGUUUAAAUGGACCCGAGAAAGAUCUGAUGAAGACGGUACACUGUCAGCCUGCUGUGUUUGUCUGCUCUCUGGCUGCUGUUGAAAGACUGAACCACGAGAAUCCUGCUGCUAUUGAGAGCUGUGUGGCCGCAGCAGGGUUCAGUGUUGGAGAGUUUAGUGCUUUGGUUUUCUCUGGUGCAAUGGAUUUUGCUGAAGCUAUGUUUGCUAUAAAGGUGAGGGCGGAGGCAAUGCAGAACGCCUCUGACCAAGUGGCGAGUGGCAUGCUGUCCGUGAUUGGCAAACACCAGACAAACUACAAACAUGCCUGUCUCCAGGCUAGAGAGCACUGUCUUUCUCUUGGUAUCCAAGAGCCUGUAUGUGCCAUUGCAAACUACCUCUUUCCAGAUGGAAGAGUAAUAGCCGGCCACAAAGAGGCUUUGGAUUUCCUUCAAGAGCAUUCCAGAAAGCUGAUGUUCACAAGAACGCGAAUGCUUCCUGUUAGUGGUGCCUUUCACACCCCCCUAAUGGAGUCUGCGAUGGAGCCCCUGAGAGACGUCCUCAGACAGAUAGAGAUACGGCGCCCAGAGAUCGCCGUACACUCCAAUGUGGACGGAAAGCGUUACAUGCACGACAAGCACAUACAGAAACAGCUGGCCAAACAACUGGUAUCUCCGGUGAAGUGGGAGCAGACGCUGCAUGAGAUUUAUGAAAGAGCCCAGGGGCGAGAGUUUCCUCAUACCUUUGAGGUGGGACCCAAUAGACAGUUAGGCUCGAUACUUCAAAAGUGCAACAUGAAAGCAUUUAAGAAUUACACGCAUGUAGAUGUUGUGCUGCCUGAGGACUGAUCAUUGUAAUGUGCAAUAAAAAAACAGGAGACAU